UGAAAGUAGAAAAGGUAUCAUCAGCGAUAAAUAUAUCUAUGUUAAGUACACGUGUAUUAAACUUGUAUAUAUCUGCCUCUGUGCACGAGGAUAUUAGGUUUUAAUUAUGUCAUGCUGUAGUAUAAUUGUCAAUGUUUGAAUAUCAACGUCAAAGAACAGCCGAGCAAAGAACAGAAACGAGUCCAGAAGAAAAAUACAUCAGUUAUGUAACUGCUGAGGAGAGGUAAAAUGCACAGCCAAACCAUGAUGCGAACCCAGGAUCCUUUAAACACUAGAGAAACGCUUUACUUGUUAAGCUACAUGGUCGCCAGUUAUCAAAACAGUCCAGUUCUGCAACGCAGUCCUCCCUCCGAUUCUAAGUGUUUAUUUCUGCAGCCCACAAAAGAUAAUACUACUUUUUACAACUGUGAGCGGUUCAGGUAUCCCCUUGUUUAAAGCAUUCAACUAUAUAGUACUUAAAACAAGGGUUGUUCACAGGCACCACUGUAACAGGACAGGAAAAGCAAGGCCAGACUGGCAUUUGAACCCGGGACCAUCCAAAGUCUAGCCAGAUGCAUGCUCUAACCAAUAUUGAGCUACAUAAGUCUCUGGUGAUCAACAAGUUAAAUUGGAUCUACAAUUAAGAACUACGUCAACUGGAAUUUCAUUUCCACUAACACAUGACAGAUAAUAUGACAAGUUGAUGGACAAUAUCACAUCUUGUUUUGUGGAUAAAAAAGUGAAAGAUUAAAAAUGAUGAGGAACAUUCUAUUACUUGCCAUACUGUACUUUCUACAAGGCCUGCCCUAUGGGCUACAGGCUAAGUUUCUGCCUGUCUACUUCAGGUCACAUGGCAUGAGUUUAACCAACAUCAGUCUCUUCAAGCUACUUCUUUUACCCUGGAUGUGUAAAGCAUUAUGGGCUCCAUAUGUUGACCACUAUGGUACCAAAAGGGACUGGCUGAUGUGGAGUAUGUCGGGGUUGGCAGUGACAUGCCUCUUGGGAGCAUUUUCUUCACCUGAACUCAUCAUCUCACUGGCUUGUGUACUUUUCCUCUUCAAUCUGUUAACCUCGACACAGGAUAUUGCUGUGGAUGGAAUAGCAAUACAAAUCCUGUCCUCAUCCGAAUUGGCGUACGGGAACAUCGCCCAGGUGGUUGGCUAUAAGGCUGGCACUUUGGUCAGUGGGGGUGUCCUAACCUGGCUUAGUGACCACCUGCCCUGGGCAAUGCUCUUUUUAAUUUUAGUCAGUGUUUACUCGCUGUCAACAUUACUCGUGACUGUCAGCAUACCACAUAUAGGAGCAUCACACUUGGAAGAAACAGAAAAAAGUGGACCAAACUCUCAACAGAAAAAUACUGAUGAGAAAGAUGAGCAGUAUAGAUGGUUUUUCGGACAUUUAACAGAAGUUUACAGGUCACCUGGGACUAAAUGGAUUAUUGUGUUUGUGCUCCUGUAUAAACUUGGUGAGCAAGGAGCCAUCAGUAUGGUCCCACUCUUCUUGGUCGACAAAGACCUCCCCAUGUCCAAGGUUGGUUUCUGGACAGGAAUGGUGGGUCAAGUGGUUUCUAUCCUGGGCUCAUUUCUGGGAGGCUGGCUUUUAUCUCAUCUCAGCUGGAGCACAGUGGACCUCCUCAAGGUGUCCUGUAUGAUGAGACUAUUUCCAGCCUUCUCUCAGAUCCUUGUUGUUUGGUUGUGGUCAGAAGAAUAUGCCACUCUUUGUUAUGUAUUAUCUAUCCUGGGUAUGUUAACAAUGCUGCUUAUUAGUGGUAUAGUAACCACGGCAACCUUCACCAUGAUGAUGCAGUGCUCACAGCUGGCGCCCUCUAGGAUCCAGGCAACACACUACACGGUACUCGCCACGCUGGAGGUCCUGGGAAAGUUAACCUUCUCUAUAGUGACAGGACCAAUCACAGACUUGGUAGGAUACAGAUACGUGUACCUCCUGUUCAUAGCACUCACUGCAUUACUGCUGCCAUUGUUUAAACACUGUCCACCAAGUCUGGAGGAGAAAGCAAAUACAAACAAAAAUCAUUAAGUUCUAUUUCACACAGUACUUGCAAUAGGUAACUUGGUGGAAUAUUAGAAUAUGGCUGAAGGACUUGCAUAUCAUCAACUUCCCUCGAACAUCAUCCUCAGAUAACCACCGGUAGUUUCUACAUAUUUAUUGCUAUUCUCAAAGAGUGGAUUGAGUGUAAAGAAAUCUCCGACACAUGAGUAGUGUAUCUAGAGUUGGCCCAAUGUAAGAAAUGUGUGCUACAGUUCUUCUGUGACUGUGAGGAAACAACAAUAUGUCAGCCUCAUCUCAGCUGACCAUGGAGAUUAAUCAAAUUUAGAGAUCUUUGACAGUGACAGUGACCUUACCAGA